AUGGGUGGCAGUGACAAUGCCAGCGGUGGUGGAGGGGGAGGAUUCAUGAGCGACCUCAAGGACAGGUUCAGUGCAGCCUCUCUUCACGAUGCCAAGGUGGCUGUAGAGCACAGGAAAAACCAGAUUGGAAAGCUGGGCAACUUGUUCAACGCCAACCACCGGCACGAUGAAGAGCACGAGAAGUUGACCGACGAGAAGCGCGACAAGAUCCGCAAUGAGCAUCGCUUCCAAUCGUACUUCCCCGAGCGUGAGGGCAACCUGGUCAAGUGGUACGUUGAUGGCCGCGACUACUUCUGGGCCGUGUCGGUGGCCCUGGAGCAGGCCACAGAGAGCAUCUACUUGACGGACUGGUGGUUGUCCCCCGAGCUGUUCCUCCGACGACCCCCGCACCAGACCCAAGAGUACCGCCUGGACCAGGUGCUCAAAAGGAAGGCCGAGGCUGGCGUCAAGAUCUACGUGUCCGUGUACAAAGAGGUCGAGGCCGCCGUCACCUGCAACUCUGCCCACACCAAGCAUGCUCUCGAUGCCCUGUGCCCGAAGGGCACGCCGGGGCACGGCAACAUCAGGGUGACGCGCCAUCCGGACCACAAUCCCUUUGAGAACGCCGCCGACUCUACCAUGUACUGGGCUCACCACGAAAAGUUCAUCGUCAUCGACUAUGCGCUCGCCUUCAUCGGAGGCCUGGAUCUGUGCUUCGGUCGCUGGGACGUCCAGCAGCACCCCCUAUCCGACGUGCACCCCGAGGGGGCGAGCAACGAGAUCUGGCCGGGCCAGGACUUCAACAACAACCGCGUGCUCGACUUCCAGCGCGUGGAGCAGUGGGCCGACAAUGAGCUCAGCAAGGCCGACUACGGCCGCAUGCCGUGGCACGACGUGGCCAUGGGCGUCAUCGGCCCGGCCGUCUACGACAUCGCCGAGCACUUUGUCCUGCGCUGGAACUUUGUCAAGCGUGACAAGUACAAGCGCGACGAGCGCUACGACUGGAUCAUGCUCGAGGACCGCCUCGGCAAGGACGAGGACCUCGUCGGCGUCCAGCGCCCCAAGCACCCGGUCGGCGAGUACCUGCAGCACCCGCUCACGCCGCUCAGCACCAAGAGGCUCGACAACCGCGGCACCGUCAAGGCGCAGAUCGUCCGCUCCAGCGCCGACUGGUCUAGCGGCAUCCUGACGGACCACUCCAUCCAGAACGCCUACUGCGAGGUGAUCCGCAACGCCAAGCACUAUGUCUACAUUGAGAACCAGUUCUUCAUCACGGCCACGGGAAAGGACCAGGCGCCCAUCCACAACACCAUCGGCGCAGCCAUGGUGGACGCCGUGCUCGCGGCGGCCAAGGACGACCGCAAGUUCCGCAUCAUCGUCCUGAUCCCGUCCAUCCCCGGGUUCGCCGGCGACCUGCGCGACAACGCCGCGGCGGGUACGCGCGCCAUCAUGGACUACCAGUACAAGUCCAUCUGCCGCGGGGAGAACAGCAUCUUUGGCAAGAUCUCGGCGGCCGGCGUGGACCCGACCAAGUACAUCUUCUUCUUCAACCUGCGAUCGUACGACCGCCUCAACAAGACGUCGGCACUGAUCAAGGCGGAGAAGGAGGCGGGCAUCAGCUACAAGCAGGUGCAGCGGGCCGAGGCCGAGGAGAUCAUGUCGUCAGGGCUGCACGACGACGGAAGCGGCUCUGGCGGGCUGCGCAACCGCUACCACGAGCACAAGAACAAGAGCAACAACAAGAAGACGCAGGAGCAGUUGGAGGAGGAAGCGCGCGAGGCCGAGGUGGCGCGGGCCAAGUUCAACGAGGCCAUGGCAGAGAAGGAGGUCAACACGUCGGCGACGGUGGCCCACUACGCCAUGCAGAACGAGGACGGCGCGCGGCUCCAGGAUGAGGCGUGGGACGACAACGACCCGGACUCGGAGGUGAUCAAUUGGAUCCAAGAGGAGCUGUACAUCCACGACAAGUUGCUCAUCGCCGACGACCGCAUCGUCAUCUGCGGUUCCAGCAACAUCAACGACCGCUCCCAGCUCGGCUACCACGACAGCGAACUCAGCAUCGUUAUGGAGGACACGCGCGUCCUGCCCAGCGUCAUGAACGGCGUCGAGUACGAGGCCGGCUACCACGCUGCCACUCUGCGACGCCACCUCUGGCGCGAGCACCUCGGCCUCCUGCCCGCCCAGCCGUUUGGCGCCGAGGACGACAAGAAUGCCCAACCGCCCUCUGUGGAGCCCGACAACGACAUCCGCGACCACGAGGAAGGCUACAAGAUUGUCGAGGAUCCUCUCGACGAGGAACUCUGGAAAAGGUGGACCGGGCAGGCCGACACUAACACCAAGAUGUUUCGGCACUUGUUCCACGCCGAUCCUGAUGAUAGCAUCAAAACUUUCGAGGAUUACGACAGAUAUCUACCCCCCCGCGGCGUCAAGGCUGGCCACAUCUUUGACCAGUUCAUGCCUGCGUCCGACGUUCGCGAGAAGCUCUCCCAAAUCAAGGGCCAUCUCGUCUGGUUCCCCCUCGAGUUCCUCAAGGAUGCUGAGAUGGCAGAGUGGGGUCUCCAGGUUAAUGCUAUGACGGAGAGUAUCUACACUUAG